CAGUGGCAGAGAGAGUGUCAGCAGCACGGGCGGGGGACCCAUCUCGCCUCCAUUCACAACGACGGAGAAAACGACAUGCUGGGCACCUAUGUGAAGCAGAACAAGAAAAAGCCUGACCCCGUCUGGGUCGGACUCUCGGACUCGAGGAAUAAUCGCUUUUGGAAAUGGACGGAUCAGUCCCCGGCCAAGUUCAACGCCUGGGACAGUGGGCAGCCUGACCCGCCAAGUGCAAACGAGCAUUGCGUGGUGCUCCAAGUACCAGGAUCUCACAAAUGGCACGAUUAUCCCUGCGACCGGAAAUUCCCGUUCGUCUGUAAGCAAAAAUCCCGUGGGAAGAAGCUCGCCAUGUGUGAGGGCACCACAACGCCCGGGCAGUGAAUGACCUGGGUCCCUCCGGCGCCCCUGGCUGCAAGGUCCCUGCUGCAGCACAUCGCUGUGUGACGCUGCCUCCCUCCAGCCCCGCCCUGCCCCUUCCCUCCCGUCGCCCCCCCGCUCGGCUCCACAACCCCCGCGCCGGGAAAUAAAC